GGAAAUCUGCGCCAGCCCAUAGAAUCUUCCAAACAUAACAUGAUCCAUCGAUAUUUAUAUUAAUAAAUUUUUUUUAAAAAGUAAAAAUUCCGUGGGCGCGCUCGCAGAAAGUAAUUAAUAAAAAAAAAAGGAAGAAAUACUUGCACAGUGCGUUGAACUUUGAUUCCAAAGGCUCCACCGCCGUUUCUUCUCAGGGCAAAUGUCAACCGAGCCCGACGCAGCAAAAAUAAAAACGCCUCUGUUGCGGCCUCGUUGCAGCAGACGCUUUCCGAUGGAUUCGCGGGAUUUUCUUUCGUUUGCUCUGUGUUUCCUCCUCCUUUUCCCUAGUGUCUCCCUUUCUUCUCUCCAGUUUCCCGGAUGGCUUCGAGAAAACCAAACGCGCAGAUCGGUGCUUCAACUGAACCGUGGCGGUUUUUCAGCCGGAUUUGAUCCUACCAGGGUUACUCAACUCUCUUGGAGUCCCAGGGCGUUCAUCUACAGGGGGUUUCUAUCGGAGAAGGAGUGUGACCAUCUUGUUGAACUGGCCAAGGGAAAACUGGAGAAGUCAAUGGUUGCUGACAAUGACUCGGGUAAGAGUAUAGAGAGCGAGGUCCGGACGAGUUCUGGCAUGUUUCUUAACAAAGCUCAGGAUGAAAUAGUUGCAAAUAUUGAGGCCAGAAUUGCUGCAUGGACCUUCCUUCCAAUAGAAAAUGGGGAAGCCAUUCAAAUUCUGCACUACGAAAUUGGUCAAAAGUAUGAGCCACAUUUUGACUAUUUCCAUGACAAGGCUAAUCAAGAGCUGGGCGGCCACCGGGUUGCCACUGUACUCAUGUAUCUGUCUAAUAUUGAGAAGGGCGGAGAGACAGUCUUUCCUGAUUCAGAGGAAAAAAUGUCCCAGCUGAAGGAUGAUGACUGGUCCGACUGUGCUAAGCAGGGCUAUGCAGUGAAACCUGAUAAGGGUGAUGCCUUGCUGUUCUUCAGUCUUCAUCCGGAUGCCACGACAGAUCCAAGAAGCUUGCAUGGGAGCUGCCCUGUCAUUGAGGGUGAGAAGUGGUCAGCUACCAAGUGGAUUCACGUGCGAUCCUUUGAAAAGUCUAUGAAUAAUGCAGGAAACGGUGGGUGUGUGGAUGAGCACACAAGCUGCGCUCAAUGGGCUACCAGCGGUGAGUGUCAAAAGAAUCCUAUCUAUAUGGUGGGGACUGAAGACUCCCCAGGAUCCUGUAGAAAGAGUUGUAAUGUAUGCUCAUCCUAGGGAGAUCAAGUUCCCUAGUUCGCACAAGAUUGAUUUCUGUGUCAAACUGGGGAUAAAUAAAGUAGACGUGCAAGUUUUCCUAAA